CUCUGCUGCUGCUGCGAUUGGAAGUUCUCAUCCCGGUGCGGGGCAUCCAUCUCUAAUCAUCUCCAAGAGAAGCAUCCUGGAAGAAGAGAAAAAAAAAAAAAAAGGGACGAGCAGAGGAUCCCGGCAACCCAGCCAGCAAAUCACAGGCUGACCUGAAAGAGCAGGAGGCUUUCUUUUGGUUUGGGCAGACUGAGGAAGAAGAAGAAGAACUCUGAAAAGAAAUCUGACAGCAAAAUACAAAAAAAAACCCAAAAAAAACAGUUGGACGUAUCCAAACAUCUCAGCCUCCUGUUUGUUUUGAUGCUUGUGUCUCUUUCUAUCACUUUCUGCAUCAAAUCCUUCUCAUCCACUCCUUCUUCCUCUUCUCCCUCUUAUGCCCUCAUGCUUCAUCCAUCUGUGGUGGAAUGUUUCCUGCAAAUACAAGAGGAGAAGCUUUUGUGAGCGCUUGCUGCAGUAUUAACGGACAGUAUACUGAGACAGCAGGGCGCUGAGCGGACAGACUGGGGGGAAAUCUGAUCCACAGCCGGCUGGAGAAGGAGCAGGAUCACGCGUCACAGUUGCAGAUUUAUCCGCCCUGUGAUACCACUGCGCGACAACACCCCUCAUUCUUUCUUUCUUUCUUUUUUUUUAUCUCUUUCUUAACCCUCUCCCUCUUUCUCAUCUUUUGCCUGAAGUGUUGCUUUUUUUUUUUUUUUUUUGACUCGAUCCUGGAAAAUGCAUUGGAAUCUACUGGUAUAUUUUUAGCCUCACUGGAAUUAAGAGCGCAUAUAUCAACGGGAAAGCGAAGGACUCAAAGUGGCACGAGAGAAAUAUCUCAAGAGCUGAUUGAAAAGCAAAAGGGGCGACAAAAGAUAGUGGAUAAUCAAUCCUUGGAGAGUGUUCGACAGACGCAUUAAACCACAGAUCUUUCGCGCUCGCUCUCAGUUACGAAAGAUUUUGGGGAGAAGCUGAGGGACGCUGACUCGGCUAAAGCUGUUGGAAGGGGGCUGCAUCGUGCAACAUUUGCUUGUUUCUUUUUUUGGGGGGGAAAAAUUUCAGGUCCUGCACAGGGUGGGGGAAGCAACAAGACCCACCCUUCAAGUUUCACUCCCCCCCCUCCCCCUAGUCAGACUAUCCCACUGUCCCAUCGUGGAUUUGUACAAGGAAGGGGGACAAAUAUGCAUGCUGAGUAAAAGUAGCUGUGGAUUGUCUUUUUUUUUUUUGCUGCAAUGCCAUCUGAACACUGAUGCGACCGAUUCUUCACAUGCACAAAUGUAAAGCUGUUCCUUCCCACCCAUCUCUCCCUCCCGUCUCUCUCUUUGUCCUUCUUUCUCGCUGUUAGUAGAGGCUUCUUCCUCUCCUCUGGUUUUCCCUUUCGACUUGAAGUUUACUGUUGCUCCAGUUGGACAUCGGGAGCUGUGCAGGACUAAACACGGACUAAUCGGUUGAUUAUCCGUCUACGCUAGCUCUCCCAUUUCUCACUGGGUGUCUUUGAGUGUGUGUGUGCUUGCAAGCGUGUUUGUGAUUGGGUGUCUGCAUGUACAUUCUGCACCCCUCCCCACCUCUUUAUCCUCGGAUUAUAUAUUUGUGUACAUAUUAACAAGCUUCUGUGGGCUCCUUUUUUUUUGUUUUUUUUAUUCCAUUUCUUCACCGUUUCCCCCCCUUGUCUUUUCUCAAUGUCCGGCAUUGUCUGGAACGUUUCUGCCAUGUGCUACCGAUGCCAAUCACAGGGUUAACCCCCAAUGAGCCAUAAAGGACGGCAGGGAAGGAUGAGCGAGUGUUCUGGGGCAGCUGUAUCCGGGGCAGUGAUCCUGGAGGAACCCGAGGCUGCAGGUGCUUCUGGGGGCCGUGGCGAGGGACAGGCUCAGGAUCAGGGCCCCCUUCGCUGUGCGUUUUGGCCUCGCCAGCAGACAUGGCUGUGUGUGGUCCCCUUGCUUAUCGGUUUCAUCGGCCUUGGAUUGAGCCUGAUGCUGCUCAAGUGGAUUGUCGUUGGGACAGUACGGGAUUACGUGCCAACGGACCUGGUGGAUGCUAAUCGAAUAGGCCAGGAUCCUAUAUUCCUUUCUAAGCCAAGUGGGAUUCCCAAAAGCCCUGAUACUACUACUACUACUACCACAACUAUUACUACAGUUGAUGGAGGAAACCCCACAGCUAGAGCUGUAACCGUGGCAAAAGGUAGAACUCGUUUCAGCGCUACCACCACGGCUGUAAACGCCAGAGGGGGAGGAGGAGCCUUCGGUAACCAAGUAACCCCUCGAAAUCCCGGGAAUCGUAACGGACGUGGACCCGCUGGUUUUACUACAACCACCGUGGCGCCCAGGACCAUCUUCACAAUUGGAGCGGGAACUUCUACACCUUCGCCGUCUAAUCCAACGGUACUCCAUGACUCUACACAGAUGUGGACCCCGGAACAAACUACAACUGAGACAGUCUCCACCACGCUUACCACGCGCACUCACAGCCACCGCAAAACACCUUCAAAGAUUGUUGCCAGCUUCUCUCUGGGAGGCUGCGUGGUACUGGCUUUUCUGGUGGAGGCCUUGGAGCUGACACUGCUGGAGAAAUACAACAAAGAAGCACGGAGGAGACAGUCAAGACGGCAACUUUAG